AUGAAAAUUGAGCAGAUGGCUUCGCUCGCGCUGAGUAUAUUGACUCUGCUCAUCAUCUGCUCUCUCUGCUUGUCGUACUUCCUCCAGCAGAAGAAAAUUAGGUCCGUACACGAGACUGUGAUAGCGGUGUUUGCAGGUAUGGUCGUCGGUCUGAUUAUCAGGCUUAGUCCUGGUCAUAUCAUUCGCGAAAUGGUGACCUUCUCGCCGUCUCUCUUCUUUAACCUUCUUUUACCUCCAAUUAUACUCGAUUCCGGCUAUAGACUACGUGAAGCGCAUUUCUUCAGAAACAUUAUACCAAUCCUCACUUUCGCAUUGGCUGGCACUUUCAUUUCGGCUGUCGUUAUCGGUUUCGUCGUCUACGUCUUCUCUUUUUUACACAUUUCCAGUCUCCAGAUUAGUUUGGUGGAGUGUCUCAUUCUCGGCUCAACGCUCUCAGCUACCGAUCCAGUCACCAUUUUGGCAAUUUUUAACACUUUCAAGGUAGAUCCAAAGCUCUACUCUGUUAUAUUCGGUGAAAGUAUCCUCAACGAUGCCGUCUCUAUCGUCCUUUAUGAAACUCUAAGCCAAUUCCAUGGCGCUGACUUGAAAAUGUCUUCCUUCUUCAGAGGCGCUGGUAUUUUCUUCCUUUCGUUCAGUGGUUCUAUGGCUCUCGUCGGCUCCUUCCCCGGUAUUGAAAGCUGUUUGGUGUCACUUAUCGCCUACACUUCCUACUUUUUUUCGAACGGUAUUGGCAUGAGUGGUAUCGUGUCUCUCAUUUUCUGCGGUAUCACUCUGAAGCACUAUGCUUACCACAAUAUGAGUACGAAGACACAACGAACUACCAAAUCCAUGUUUCAUGUCCUUGCGCAACUCUCCGAAAACUUCAUUUUUAUCUACCUCGGUAUCACUCUUUUCACGCAAGAUGCUACGGAAUUCAAGCCUAUAUUCAUCGUUGUUGCUAGUCUGGCUGUCGUCAUUGGUAGAUAUAUGACAGUAUUUCCACUCUCCAAAGCCAUCAAUAUGGUAUACAGGUCAAAAGGACAAAGAGCUCCCGAGCUGCCACAUAGCCAUCAAAUGAUGCUCUUCUGGGCUGGCUUGAGAGGUGCAGUUGGCGUAGCCUUGGCAGCUGGCAUCACAGGCAAGAACGCAGCAGCGCUGCGCACAACAGUUCUGAUCGUCGUCGUAUUGACUGUCGUCGUCUUCGGUGGCACGACAUCUAGAAUGCUGGAGGUGAUGGGCAUCAAGAUGGGUGUUGAAGAUGAUGAGGCGUCAAGCGAUGAAGAGGACGACUAUCCAACGCCUUCAGGAGUCAGGGGAGGAUUGAGCAACUAUCAAUACUUUAAUCACCAAACAGAAGCAUUGUCUCCGCAAUACCAAGACAAUGAUAUAGAAGAGGGAAUCAACUUAGUGAUUCCGAAGCAGCAGGAUGUAAAUCUCAAACAGGCAACUUCCUCAGCAUCCCUUCAAAAGUCAAAUUCGCCUUCGAAACGUGGAGAAUCUACAGAUAGGCGAUCUAAGAGUUUGAAUGCUGGCAGUUCAAGCAAACAACCAGUGCUCGAUCUCGAGGAUGAUGACAAUGAAGUGUUGCCCGUAGCAAACACCUCGAAAAUUCCAAACAAUCAUGACCAUGAGGGUGAUAUGGAUAACAGCAGAUUUGUUUUCAAAGACGGAAAGUGGUUCACUGACCUGGACGAAAGAUACCUACUGCCACUUUUUAGCAAUAGCGUUGCCAGUCGGCGUCACAAUGCACGCAAAACUAACUCCAGACGUAAUCUGCAGGAAGCAGAAUCCAGUCCGUCUAACAACUCUAAUUUAAGUCUCAAUGAAGGCGGCUUAUAA